GUUGUAUGUUUUUUCUUUCUCAUUAUGAUCUUUUACUUUUUGUUUGUUUGUGUUCUUUUCGGGGGUUUUCUUUUCAAUUCUCUACCUAUUUAAACCUGAUACUGGCACUUAGGUCCUGGGUCUUUCUUGCGACGAGCUUAUUUAGUCUCCUGGGUGGUUGUUUUACGUUUCAGAUGCCUUGUGCCUACCUAGUGUAGAUGUAGCUCAGAUCUGACUGAAGACAGGUUGAGUAUACCAUGUACACGUUCAAAGUUUAGACCUCUAGGAUUGAGAAAAUGGACACUGAUUUGUACGUGCCCUGUGUGCCUACUUCCUCUUGUGCUUUAUACAUAUAUAGGUAUACACGCCUGACCUUUGCCCGAGUCAUAGCCAGGCAAUGUAGAGGUUGCAUCAGGUACAUCCAACAUCAAGUACCCUGAAGUUCAUG